GAUCUAUUCUCGAGUUUCGUGUGAAUUUAGUCGUAUACGAACACUUUCGUAUGGCGUGUUUCGUGUACGAAUCGUUCACAUACGAAAACGGUAUUCUGAAGCACUAUACGAAUCACUGAUUCGUAUACGUAUGAAAUUACAGUAUUGCCAGAUUUACACGUUGGAGACGAACCAAUGAUUGUUCAACUUUAGAAAAUACCAACGGAAAUAUAUAUGGCGUCCUGUCAAUGUCACGUCAUGUAACGUGUAAUUUUCCGUAAACGAGAACGCUGUGCAAGAGGCCUUAGCCGCCUGUUUAUUACACUCAAGUUGUAAUGUUUUAUUGGGGCCACGGGAUGCGACGGUACUUCCGAGUGACCAUGGGUUUUCCCAAAUUUAGAAACUUGGCAGUAUUAUCCGAGAAUCGUUUGCGAAAAUAUCGUGGAAAGAAUUGUGCGAAACGAAAAUGUGCGAUGAGGGUAAACCAACUAAACGAACGGGGAACAUAUCCCGCGGACAAAAACAAAUUCUUAUUGAAUUUGUAGAAUCAAACCCAAACCUAACGAGGUCGAACUUUUCGGCCGACUAUACAUGUAAGAAUGGGCAGCGUCUGUGGCAAGAAAUAACCAAUAUUUUAAACGCUUCGCCAGGGGCGAAGAUAGAUUGGAAACAAUGGAAACGUACGUGGCAAGAUUUCCAAGGAAAAGCCAAAGCAAAGCAGUCUUCCAUUAACAGAAAUUUAAAUGCCACAGGUGGUGGUCCGUUAGAUACAGAAAGUUUAUCAGUGGAGGAGAAACGUGUUCUAAACAUAAUCCAUGCAACACAGAUAAAGAGUGAUUGCAAUAUAGAUGAAACGCCAAUACGAUUUGACUACUCCGAAGAAUAUUUGGAUAUAGACAUAACCAAUGAAAAGGUGGAAACACCAGACGCUCAACCUGGCCCUUCAAUAAUAGUGGAGAGACCGACUAUUAAGAUAGAAAAAGUGAGACAGAAACAGCCACUAUGUCGAGCUACACAACAAAAACAAACCUCUGGCAAGAAAUCUCAGGCUUCAGUGCUUCUGUUUAUUUAUUAA